AUGGCCAAGCGUUUUGAAAUGUCGCGGAACACGGUCAAUGACAGUCUGGACGUCGUCGCACGAACCGCUGGCAUCUUUCCAGUAGAAGCUGAUCGACAACAGUCCAUGAAGGCUAGAGUUGCUGGAAAUGCUGGCGAGGCGCGCCCUCACGCCACCGUUGCUGCUAGUGCACCGCCGCAGAUCCUCAAACAGGGUCUCAUCACUUGGUGGCGAUACCUGAAACGCUUGAUUUACGACAGGAAUAAAUCCGCCGAUGUUUGCAUUGGCCCGGCUCGGCAAGGCUUCAAGUACUCCAGUGGGGAUGUAAAAAGGGCUAAGGGCUGA